AUGCUGUCGACGGUGCCCGUGGACAACGCCAUCCGCACGCUGAGAGUGGAAAUGUCGAAGGAUGAAGAAGUUUCGUUUAUCGGCAAAACGGAAGCGGAGAUGGAAAUUCUGGCGCAAUACGCUGUAAAAGGCCGACAUCGUGCUUUGAUGGGGGGCCAUUGCUGGAUCUACGGUCAUGGGAGGAUUAUGGAAAAUUUUUAA